CGCGCCUGCACGGAACCUGUUGGACGACAUAACCUACCAGCAAGCGCCCACGCCUGGAAACUGAAAGGAGAAUAUAUUACAACAGGGAAGCAAGAUGUAUCCAAAUCAUUGGGAUGAUUAUAUGUGGCUGGUCAUUGUUGGUUUCGUGGUGUCAUUCAUCAUGGCUGCUGGCAUUGGCGCAAAUGACGUUGCAAACGCUUUCGGUACAUCUGUCGGCGCCAAGACUAUUACGCUCAAGCAGGCUUGCUUGAUCGCCGCCGUUUUUGAAUUUGCUGGGGCUGUUGGCCUGGGCGGCGAAGUGACAAAAACUAUUGCAGGCUCCAUAGCACGGCCCGCUGCAUUCCAAGCGGAGCCCGAAAUUUUUGCGUACGGCAUGACGGUGGCCCUCAUUGCCGCGUCAUCAUGGGUAUUCCUUGCUACGUACUGGAGCCUCGCCGUUAGCACUACACACUCUGUUAUUGGUGCCAUCAUGGGCUUCGGCUUGGUUUGGGGUGGCAGCGGUGCCAUCGUCUGGAAUGACCACAUAACGGAGUUUCCUUACUCGAAGGGAUUGGUGCCGGUCAUCUGCUCGUGGUUCGUCUCGCCCAUCAUGUCGGGCAUCGUCGCGUCCUUCCUCUUUGCUCUAAAUCGGGGCGUUAUCCUUCGCCGCGAAAACAGCACGAAUUUGGCUAUCUACAUGUACCCUGUCCUGGUAGGCAUCACGGUAUUUAUCAACGUGUUCUUUGUGAUCUUCAAGGGCGCUAAGAAUGUGGCGCACUGGGAAAGCAACAAGGCCGCCUGGGUUGCGGCGUGCAUUGCCGCUGCUUGCAUGCUACUGGCAGCUUUCCCUGGCAUUCCACUGCUACGUUGGGCCGUAAAACGCGACAUGGAAAGGUAUCGUAGGGCGGCGCAGAAGGCUGCCGAUGCUGAAGCCAACGCCGAGAAAACCAAAGACGAUAUGGAGGAGCCGGAGCCCACUUCCAAGGCCUUGAAGAUGUUCAACAGUCUUAAGAAGAUGGCCACGCGGGGUUUGUCUCAAGAUAUCCACGCGAAAGUGGAGACCGACCAGGCGGUGCACGACAUGCACGCCGCUGCGGAGAUCUUCAACCCCGAGACUGAGCAGGUGUACAAGUAUCUGCAGGUCUUCUCGGCCUGCGCGGUGUCCUUCGCCCACGGUGCAAACGAUGUGGCCAACGCCGUGGGACCGUUCUCUGGAAUCUGGUAUGUGUACCGCAAUUGGGCAAUCGCCUCCAGCGCCGAGUGCCCCAUUUGGGUUCUUGCCAUGGGUGGAGCGGGCAUCGUGGUGGGGUUGGCGACGUACGGAUACAACAUUAUGGCGACGCUGGGUGUUGGUCUGGCGAAGAUGACGCCGUCGCGUGGCUACUCGGCGGAGAUUGCGACAUCCUUCACCGUCGCACUGGCCUCCGUUUAUGGUUUGCCAGUUUCGACGACGCAGUGCAUUACGGGUGCAGAGAUUGGUGUCGGCUUAACUGACAGUAUACGUAGUGGCAUCAACUUGAAACUUUUCGGAAAGCAGAUUUUGGCCUGGAUUUUCACCCUCAUUGUGGCUGGCUUCCUGUCAGCAGCUCUUUUUUCGUUCGGCGUGUUCGCACCGUCACUCACGAUGGCAAAGGAUAUUGCCAAGUACGAAAAUCAAAUUCGGUCAAUUUCUCAAGAUCUAUACAAAAGCCUUAAUAAGACAAACAAUGCGCUCAACGUUACGUACGGCUUAUACGACGCAUCGUUGAAUCGAACUAUCAACGGAAGCUUUGCUACCCUCAAAAGUAUGUUCACCGUAAAAAAUAUCGGCUACAUCGACCCUGACACGCUUUUGGGUCAGCUCAACAAGGCCGUGAGCACGUACAUGAAUUACUCCGUGACUGUCACGGGCUUCAACAACAACACCAAGUCAUAUGUGCUGGUGAACGGUGGGAGCGGGUUUGCAAACACGGUUAUCCAAGUGUCGCCGUACAACGCGUCCUUGUUCUCUCGUUUAACUAACCAAACUAGUGGUUAGAUGUGAACAUGGAGAUGUAUAUGUGGUAAUAAUAAUAAUGCAUAGACGAUGCAUUUAUUACACCCCGGCGGGUUGUUUUAAGACAAAUCUCUGUCACUACUAUUAGUGCUGCUGGACGUGGGAGCCUGGUACAGAGGUUUGCUUGAAAUCGCGUGAGAAGGCUGCUUAUUUAAGAUUGCAUCUCUCGUACCGUUUGGGUUUCAGGAUAGAUAUGACUUAUCAAGCUAGGCUUCUGGACAUCAGCAAGGGCUGCGGUGCGGGUUGCUUUAUUUGCUAUAUUUGCUUUAUUUUUGUUUCUGGAAUGUGUCGUCGUGUGGCCGAGAGUGGUCCCGUUCAUUGAUGACCAUGCGCUUCAUAUGCUGGCAAGGGUGUUUUCGCUGUAGGUUUAAUUGGGGCGUCUGGGACCGUCGGUAGGGUUUAAGUUAUCAGGCCUCGUUGUUAUCGGUAAUGGUUUUGGGUGAUUGCCUUGCCUGAGCUCUCUUUGUGGAUGUGGGCUUGAGCUCUCUUUGUCUGUUGCUGCCUCACUCUAUUGUUCCUGCUGAGCAAGCCUCGAGUGUGCACAGGGCUAUGCGGAAGCUUCGGUCGGCAAUAGUGAAAGCAACUGCUAGUUGUUAGAUUACGAUGUGCAGUUGCCCGCUGGUACGGCAAACCAACCGUACCAUUUGACAGGAGCCAGACGAACUACCGCCCACUGACAGGCAAUGUAUAUCCCAGCCAUGGUAGACUUAAUGUAAUAUUGGUGGUCACGC